AUGAAGAAGGAAAACCAGAGCAGUGUCCAGGAAUUCAUCCUCCUGGGGUUCCCCACUGCCUUGAAGGAGGUGCAGAUCCUACUCUUCCUCAUCUUCCUCCUCAUCAUGCUGACGCUCCUGGAGAAUGUAGUUAUUAUUGUGACGGUCCAGGUGAGCUACCCGCUCCACAAGCCUAUGUACUUCUUUCUAAGCAGCCUCUCUUUCCUGGAGAUCUGGUACAUCACCGUCACAGUGCCUAAGAUGCUGCUCGACUUACUGAAAGGAAGCCAGCACAUUUCCUUCUUGGGAUGCAUGGCCCAGCUCUACUUUUUCAUCGCUCUGGCCUUCACCGAGUGCGUCCUUCUUGCUGUCAUGGCCUAUGACCGCUAUGUGGCCAUCUGUAUCCCCUUGCACUACUCGGCCAUCAUGACCCAUGGGCUCUGCUUCUGCUUGGUUGCUGGGUCAUGGGUGAGUGGCUUCACCAGCUCCAUGCUCAAGGUCAUCUUCAUUUCCCACUUGACCUUCUGUGGCUCAGUCAUCAAUCACUUUUUCUGUGACAUCUCACCUCUGCUAAAUCUGGCCUGCACCGACAUGUCAUUGGCGGAGAGGGUGGACUUUAUCCUGGCCUUGAUAAUGAUCCUACUGCCACUUCUUGUGGUGGUGGCCUCUUAUGCUUGCAUAGUGGCCACUGUUGCAGGGAUCCCCACAGCUCAGGGGAGACGGAAAGCCUUCUCCACCUGCACCUCCCAUCUGGUGGUGGUGAUCAUCUUCUACUCCACCACCCUCUUCACCUAUGCCCGGCCCAGGGCCAUGUACGCCUUUGACUCCAAUAAGUUGGUGUCCAUGCUCUACACGGUCAUAGUACCGUUCUUCAACCCCAUCAUUUACUGCCUGAGGAACCAGGAUGUCAAAAGGGCCCUCAGAAAAAUUAUUAGGGGCAAAAGUAAACCAGAAAAUAAUGUUUCUGGGUCUCAGAUAGGUUAA